AUGAGGAAAUUGAGAGCACGGACACCGCACGUGGGCGUCGCGACGAGUUUCUCUCACUUUCCUCACCGACGUUGGUCUAUAAAGCCCUCCCUCCACCUCCCACCACCUCUUCUCGUCCUCUCAACCACCACAGCACUCUACCUACUUGCAUCUACAUCUUCCACUCUUUGUCCCCCCACCAACAACACCACCACCACCAUCAUCAUGUCUGCCUCCAACGCCCCCGACUACACUCUCACCGGCGUCCAGAAAUGGGCCGAGGAGACUUUCCCCUCCGCUUUCGAGACCGUCCGCACCAAGACAACCCGGUCUCACUUGUGGUUCUCUUUUGCAGGCGACUUGGACAAGGAUGUCUACACCGAUACCACCAUGCUGAAUAUCGGCAUGUUCGUCCGCAAGGACAAGGCGGACGAGCCUGAAAUCCGUCGCCAGCUUCACGCCUCCCUCCGAAAGGAUGGCGAUAUCACCUUCACGGCGGUGAAACAAUACGAGUUCUCUCACCCUGAUCUUCUCAGCGACAAGGUCGAGUUCAACUACAUAUUCCGCUCAAUCUUCCUCGUCGAAGCGGAGGAGAACCGCAUUCGCAUGCUCAAAUCACUCUGCCGCUAUCUCUACCUCAAGAGCGACGACCACACCACCGUCAAAGAGUUCAAGUCGACUACGUAUAUCAAGCCCAACUUCUUCAAACUGGCUUGUGAGCGUGUCGAGGAGGCCACCAUCACGGGUCUCUACAACGACAGGCGCACUCUUCGUGAGUUCAAGGAGGAGAUGCGCCAGAAGCAGCACACCAUCGUGAUCCACGAUAACACCCCCAACCCAGCUGCUUAA